AUGAUUGAAAAAGCUCCAGACACAACAAAGCAGCUGAUCGAUGAUGUUGAAAAGGAAGUAAUUUCAAAGAUACCGAAUUUGGAUAUUGCACAACUUCGUUUUCUUCUAUCACAUCCUGAUAUCGAUUCAAAGGUAAAGAAGGAUAGCUGGGAAAAACUUAUUGAGCUUAUCAAGGAAAAUGAAAUGGGACCAUAUUACAAACUCGUUUGUACCGACAUUGGAACCACCAUGAAUGAAUCAUUAUUUACCGAUUUAAAAGAAGCCAAUGAGAAGCGUUUGAAAGAAAUAAACGAUGAGAUAGCAGAUGCUGAACAGAACUUAGGAGAAAGUGAAGUGCGGCAGGCUUACCUUCGCAAAAGCGAAUAUUUAUGUAAAAUUGGUGACAAAGACGCAGCGGUUGCAUCGUUUAGCCAAACAUAUGAGAAAACUGUUGGAAUCGGCUAUAGAAUUGAUCUUAUUUUCAAUCUUAUUCGACUUGGCCUCUUCUUUUUGGAUCAUCAAUUAAUCAAUGCUAAUAUUGCUAAAGCAAAGAAUCUUAUGGAACAGGGCGGAGAUUGGGAGCGAAAAAAUCGUCUUCGAUCCUAUGAAGGCCUUUAUAAGAUGUCGGUGAGAGAUUUGAAAGGAGCUGCAGCCCUUUUUCUGGAAGCUGUGCCAACGUUUGGUUCAUACGAACUUAUGACCUAUGAACAGCUUAUAUUUUAUACAGUUAUUUCGGCUGUGUAUGCGUUAGAACGUCCUGAUCUGCGCACAAAAGUUAUCCGAUGCAAUGAGAUCCAAGAGCAACUUACUGGUGGUGGUGAAAACAAUGAAUUGACUUCUGUAAAGCAAUAUUUGGAGGCUUUUUACGGAUGCAGAUAUGAUGAAUUGUUCGUGGUGCUUGCUAAACUAGAAAGAGAGAAAUUAAAAUUUGAUCGUUAUUUAGCACCACAUUAUAAUUUUUACUCGAGAGCAAUGCGUCUCAAAGCUUACGAACAAUUCCUUACUCCUUACAAAACAGUUCGUUUAGAUAUGAUGGCAAAAGAUUUCGGUGUUUCGAAAACAUUUAUUGACAAAGAAUUACAUCGACUGAUUGCCACUGGUCAGCUGCACUGCAGGAUAGAUGCUGUCAGGGGAAUCAUAAUAAUGAAUCAUCCUGAUACUAAAAAUCAUCUGUAUCGCAGCGUUAUUAAGGAUGGUGAUAUUCUCCUGAAUCGUAUACAGAAGCUGGCACGUGUGAUUAAUGCUUGA